AAUGUUCUGACAAUCGUUUAUGGUAAACUAAAAUAUACUUUAAUGUCAUUUCAAUUGUCUAUAUUUUAUGCCAUGCAUUUAAAUUAGUAUUUGCACAUGUGUAAUGAUGAAUUGGCAAUUUAGUGAAGCUGUUUUAUGAGCCGAAUCAAGGCAGAAAUAGCCCCAAAACACGGAAUUACAACAAAUGCCUUAAUUAAAAAAAAAAGCUGCGUGAAGUAAAAUUGAUUCAUUUUUUGAUCCGGUUCUCUGAAACGAACUGUUCAAAAGAACCGAUUCGCGGAAAUGACUCGGACUUCCCAUCACUAGUGAAUAAUAUACAGCGCUUUGGGAAAAAAUUCCCCGCCUCCUCUAGAAAGAAGAGAAAAGCAGACUUCACUCGAGGAUGUUGAGAUGCUCAGCAGAUACAACAGGACCAAACAUCUAGAGGCUUCAUACAUUGUUUCAAUAAGUUGCACGUUAAAUCAGUAGAUCAGAUCGACUUGAAUAAGAAAUAUUCCUCUUCCAGGGGCAAACCAUUUCACACUGGACUUUCAGCUGAUCCUGCAGGAACGCACACAUCUCAUCUGAAACAAGCUUUUGCAUUGGGAAUCUGUUGCGUAAUGGUAAUCUCCAGAAGACGCUGACUAUCUAAGAACUGUCUGAGAAAUUGUUUUCAUUUUAAACAAAACAAUAAUAAUAAUAAUAAUAAAAAUGCAGGUCAUUCUGUUGGUCUCCGUCGUUUUUAUUUGCGUCAAAGCUGCUCUCGCGGACACUAAGCUGAAGUGUUCCGAGCGCUGUGAUGUGAGUACGUGUCCGAGCCCGAGCUGCCCGAGCGGGUAUGUGCCUGACCGCUGUAACUGCUGUCUGGUGUGCGCGCACGGAGAGGGGGAGCCGUGCGGCCGCAAGGACGAUCUGCCCUGCGGGGACGGGCUGGAGUGCAAGCACCCGUCUGGAAAAAGACUGUCCAAAGGCGUGUGUCAGUGCAAGUACAGCAGUAGAGUGUGCGGCAGUGACGGGAACACGUACGGAAACAUCUGCCAGCUGAAGGCCGUGAGCAGGAAAGCGCUCCAGCAGGGUCUGCCCGCGGUCACCAACCUGCACAAAGGACCCUGUGAAAGCAAGCAAGGUCCUACACAUCCCAGCAGCCCAAGGUACAAAUUCAACUUCAUUGCUGACGUGGUGGAGAAGAUCGCCCCUGCUGUGGUGCACAUUGAGCUGUUCCUAAAACACCCCCUCUUUGGCCGGACGGUCCCGCUGUCAAGUGGUUCAGGUUUUGUAAUGUCAGAGACCGGGCUGAUCGUGACUAAUGCUCAUGUGGUGUCCAGCACCACAUCUGUUUCGGGUCAUCAGCGACUCAAAGUACAGAUGCGUGGUGGGGAUGUGUAUGAGGCCACUAUCAACGACAUCGACAAGAAGUCUGACAUUGCCACUAUCAAAAUCAAUCCACAGAAAAAGUUGCCUGUUUUAUUGCUGGGUCACUCGGCAGACCUGCGCCCGGGUGAGUUUGUGGUGGCUAUCGGCAGCCCGUUUGCCCUGCAGAACACAGUGACGACAGGAAUAGUCAGCACUGCACAGAGAGAUGGAAAAGAACUGGGUCUCCGUGACUCAGACAUGGACUACAUCCAGACUGACGCCAUCAUCAACUAUGGGAACUCAGGUGGACCACUCGUUAAUUUGGACGGGGAGGUGAUAGGAAUCAACACCCUGAAGGUAGCUGCAGGAAUCUCCUUUGCCAUUCCUUCAGACAGGAUUACGCGCUUCUUAAAUGAUUCAUUGGGAAAGCAGAACAAAGAGCCAAGGUCAGUGAAGAAGCGUUUCAUUGGAAUCCGAAUGCUCACCAUCACAGAAGCACUCGUGGAAGAGCUGAGGCAGCAGAAUCCUGAUUUCCCUGAUGUCAGCAGCGGGAUCUAUGUCCAUGAGGUGGUUUCUCACUCCCCUGCUCAGAAAGGGGGCAUCAGAGAUGGUGACAUCAUCGUUAAGUUAAACGGAGAGCCUCUGAUGAGCACCAGCGACCUGAAGGAAGCGCUCAACCAAGACACGACUCUGCUGCUGGAGGUGCGCAGGGGCAACGACGACCUGCUCUUCAACAUUGAGCCUGACGUCAUCAUGCAGUGAUGUCAUCACCUGUUCGAAAUGUGAACCUUCGAACUUUCACUGAAGACAUCGGUUUUAUCAUAUCAGUCAUGCACAGUCAUGGCCGAAGUGAUGUCUAACAGUGCAACAUUCUACAAAACAAGGACCUCUUUUACAAGCUGAGAGGAAUCUAGCCUUGAGCUUUUGCAAUCUUGGUCAAGUCUG